AUGGAGCCAAAAUCCCUUUACAUGCUCUCAUGCAUUCUCCUCAUUUUUCUUCUCAACCCUUUCUCAUUGAUCACUCGUGCAGAUCCACCUCAUCAUCUCGAUGCACAAAAACCGUCAGCUAUGGAUUUCCUGAAAACCCUAAUCGGAGCCCGGAAAGGAACAACAUCUAAGGGCAUCCCUCAACUCAAAAAAUAUCUUUCACGCCUUGGAUACAUGAACGAUAACAAUCAUACAACACCAGCAAAUCAGACAAAUGAUUUCUUUGACGAUAAAUUAGAGUUGGCUAUAAAACGUUACCAGACAUUCUUCAAACUCACAGUAAAUAGGAUUAUGGAUGACAAUACUGUCACACAAAUGUCACGCCCCCGAUGUGGGGUGCCUGAUUUCAACCUCAACACAAGCAACGAGCUCUUCCUCCAAAUCCCAACCUCAGCCUCACACUAUACUUUCCUUCCUAAUAAGCCCACAUGGCCUCGCACAAAGAGAAACCUCACCUAUUCAUUCCCGGUGAUUGCACGGCGGGAUGUAUAUCCCGCCAUUGAGCAUGCAACCGAACUAUGGGCCUUUUUUUCGUCCUUUAAAUUCUCGUACACACAAAAUUAUGAUCGGGCUGACAUUAAGAUCAGUUUUCAGUAUGGGAAUCAUGGGGAUGGAUAUCCUUUUGAUGGGCGUGGAGGAAUUUUGGGGCAUGCUCUUCCACCGACUAUUGGUAUACUUCACUAUGAUGCAGAUGAGAACUGGGUGAAUGGUGAAACACCGGGUGCAUUUGAUUUGCAGACUAUAGGGUUGCAUGAAUUAGGACAUAUUCUUGGACUUGGGCAUACUAAUGAUGUUAGGGCCAUCAUGUAUCCUAAUAUGGACCCGGGUGUCAGAAAAGUUUUGGGACAAGAUGAUAUGGACGGAAUUAAGGCAUUGUAUCCAAACUAG